AUGUCAACAUAUAAUAAUGUUUUGGGAAAUUUUCUCUCUCAUUCGAAUGAUUCAAGUGAUCUUGAUAAUAAUGAUGAUGCAGAUUCAGUUUCGGAACCUGAAUUUGAAAUCAACAAUCAUUGUGAAAGACGCGGUUCAAUAUCGUUGGCUAGUAGUGAAACUUCACUAUUAUCAGUUCCUGGUUCAACUCGUACACGUCGAAUGUCAACAACAAAAGUAAUUGAUCAACGUCCAAAACAUUUAAUGUUAGGUGAUUUCGAAUUGGCUAAUGUUGUAGAUUGUGAAGAAUACGUACUAUGUUGUAAAUACAGUCCUAUAGGAGAUGUAUUUGCUGUUGGCUUAGGUAAUGGUACAAUUAGAAUCUAUUCAAAAGCCGGUCAAUUUCAAUAUGUUCUCACUGAUGAUGAUACAAAAACACGACGUUAUCCGGUAACAUGUCUUAAAUUUUACGGAAACAAAGACGAUGUAAGAGUAGAUCAUCAAAAAAUGUUAGCUGCUACUUAUACAGCUGGUUAUGUCAAAGUUUGGCAUUAUCCAACUCAACAAUGUGUUUUUACAUUCGAUGAAAAAGAACGACAACCAUUAGCACUUGAUUUUAAUUGCAAUUAUACACGUUUAUAUGUUGCUGGUAGCGAUUGUGUAAUUAAUUGUUAUGAUUUUGGUACGAAAAAAUUACUACGCAAAUUACAAGCAUCAGAAAGUCGAGAAAAUAUGGAUGGUCAUAAAAAUCGUAUACAUGCUAUUCGUUCACAUCCUGCUAUGGAAACUGUUUUUCUUACGGGUGGUUGGGAUGAAACUGUUCAUUAUUGGGAUGAACGUGCACCACAUUCACAAAAACAUUUUGCUGGUCCACAUUUAUGUGGUGAUGCGUUGGAUAUUAUUGCUGAACAUCAAGUUAUUUUAACGGGAUCUUGGAGAAGAAAUUCAACAUUACAAAUUUGGGAUUUUUCGACGGGUGAAUUAAUUAAAGAUGCUUUUCAAAAUAAUGCAACUUCCAUGCUUUAUUGUACGAAAUUUUGUCCGAAAGAAUAUAUCUUAUGUGCUGGAAAUGACAAGAAUGAAGCAAUUAUUUAUGAUUAUUCAAUAUUACAGAUGGUUGGUGGUAUAACAGAUCUUGAAAAUGCUGUUUAUUGUGCUGAUACAGAUGUAAAUCGACCAAAUAUGAUUGUUGGUUCAGCAAAAAAUAUUUUUAUUGUCAAUGAUAAAUCUCGUCAUAGAUAA